AUAGAACUAGUUCGUGUUACAGAGUGGAAGGAUGAACCGGUGAUGGGUAGGGGCUGUGUUGAGGCAGUGAUGAGGCUAAGAUGGCGGCUAGUCCAGGCAGGCGGAGCGGAGGCUAGCAGAUUAAGCGACAGUUUCAACCGUUGAGGAUUUGACUCGUGCUAAGACGCUUCUGCAGUAACGAACUGUUUAACGGAGGAUUUCAAGUUUUGGAUGCGAAGGGACCGGAUAUUUGCAGAGAAAUGGACGGGGAGGAGUUCACACCCCCCCCUGAGUGCCCGGUGUUCGAGCCUUCCUGGGAGGAGUUCGCCAAUCCGCUGGGUUACAUCGCCAAAAUCCGUCCAAUCGCCGAGAAGUCGGGCAUCUGCAAGAUCCGCCCUCCCGCGGACUGGCAGCCCCCGUUUGCUGUGGAGGUGGAUAACUUCCACUUCACUCCCCGAAUCCAGAGGCUGAAUGAGCUAGAGGCUGAAACGCGCGUGAAGCUCAACUACUUGGAUCGCAUCGCCAAGUUCUGGGAGAUCCAGGGAUCCUCCCUGAAGAUCCCCAACAUCGAGAGGCGCAUUGUGGAUCUCUUCAGUCUGGCCAAGGUGGUGACUGAGGAGGGGGGCUUUGAGACGGUCAGCAAGGAGCGACGCUGGGCUCGCGUGGCCCAGAAGAUGGGCUACCCCCCAGGGAAGAACAUCGGCUCCCUGCUGCGCUCCCACUACGAGAGGAUCGUCUAUCCCUUUGAGAUGUUCCACUCCGGGGCCAGCCUGUCGCAGUACAAGCCCAGGCCCUAUGAGAGCGAAGAGGUGGACAAGGAGUACAAGCCCCACUCCAUCCCCCUCCGCCAGUCAGUUCAGCCCUCUAAAGUGAGCAGCUAUGGCAGGAGAGCCAAUCGCCUGCAGCCUGAUGGUCCUGAAGAUUUGCCCCCCCACCCUCUCAACACAGGCUCUCAACACACCUCGCCCGACCCCACGGAGGAGGACAUAGAGAAGAAUCCGGAGCUGAAGAAGCUGCAGAUCUACGGGGCGGGGCCCAAGAUGAUGGGCCUGGGCCUGGUGCCCAGGGAUAAGAGUCUCCGCAAGAAAGACGAGCUGCCGCAGACGGUGAUCGUGCGGGACAGCGCAGUGGUGACGGUGAAGGAGGAGGUGCAGGAGGAGGAGAGCCCCAGCGAGGGGGAUGGGGAAGCCCCCCCUCCCCCCAAAGACGCGGUGAAGAAGGAGGAAGGAAGCGCGGAGGAGGGCGAGGGCAGCGUUAAAGACGAGCCCUGCACCAAGAUGACCAUGAGGCUGCGGAGGAACCUGGGCAGCUCCCAGUUUGUGGACUCGUUCGUGUGCAGGAUGUGCGGUCGCGGGGAUGAGGAUGAGAAGCUGCUUCUCUGCGAUGGCUGCGAUGAUAACUACCACACCUUCUGCCUGCUGCCCCCCCUCACCGACCCGCCCAAAGGGGACUGGCGCUGCCCCAAAUGUGUGGCCGAGGAGUGUAAGAAGCCGGCGGAGGCGUUUGGGUUCGAGCAGGCCACGUGCGAGUACACCCUGCAGAGCUUUGGCGAGAUGGCCGACACCUUCAAGGCCGACUACUUCAACAUGCCUGUUCACAUGGUUCCCACGGAGCUGGUGGAGAGGGAGUUCUGGAGGCUGGUGAGCAGCAUAGAAGAGGACGUGACGGUGGAGUACGGAGCAGACAUCCACUCCAAAGACUUCGGCAGCGGCUUCCCCAUGAACAACGGCAAGAGGCAGCUCUCCAAGGAGGAGGAGGAGUACGCCAGCUGUGGCUGGAACCUGAACGUGAUGCCCGUGCUGGAGCAGUCGGUCCUGUGCCACAUCAACGCCGACAUCUCGGGCAUGAAGGUGCCCUGGCUGUACGUGGGCAUGGUCUUCUCGGCCUUCUGCUGGCACAUCGAGGACCACUGGAGCUACUCCAUCAACUACCUGCACUGGGGCGAGCCGAAGACGUGGUACGGGGUGCCCCAGUCGGCGGCCGAGCAGCUGGAGGCCGUGAUGAAGAAGCUGACCCCCGAGCUGUUUGAGUACCAGCCCGACCUGCUGCACCAGCUGGUCACCAUCAUGAACCCCAACAUCCUCAUGGCCCACGGCGUGCCGGUGGUGCGUACCAACCAGUGUGCGGGGGAGUUUGUCAUAACCUUCCCCCGGGCCUACCACAGCGGCUUCAACCAAGGGUAUAACUUUGCUGAAGCUGUUAAUUUCUGCACGGCUGAUUGGCUGCCAGCCGGCCGCUCCUGCAUCGAGCACUAUCGCCGGUUGCGCAGGUACUGUGUCUUCUCCCACGAGGAGCUCACCUGCAAGAUGGCCGCCUGCCCCGAGAAGCUGGACCUGAACCUGGCGGCCGCUACGCACAGGGAGAUGUUCACCAUCGUGCAGGAAGAGAGGAAGCUCCGCAAGGGCCUCCUGGAGAGGGGCAUUACUGAAGCAGAGAGGGAGGCCUUCGAGCUCCUCCCUGACGAUGAGAGGCAGUGUGACAAGUGCAAGACCACCUGCUUCCUGUCCGCACUGGCCUGUUCCAACUGUCCGGAGCGCCUGGUGUGUCUCUACCACACCCAGGACCUGUGUGCCUGUCCCAGCGACAAGCACUACCUCAGGUACCGCUACUCCCUGGACGAGCUGCUGGCCAUGCUCCACCGGCUCAAGGUGCGGGCCGAGUCCUUCGACUCCUGGGCCAACCGCGUCAGAGAGGCCCUGGAGCAGGAGGAGGGGAGGAAGAUAGCUAUUCAGGAGCUGGAGACUCUGAAGGAGGAGGCAGCGGAGCGGAAGUUUCCGGACAACGAGCUGCUCCAGCGUCUCAACAAAGCGAUGAGCCACAUUGAGCAAUGCCAGACCAGCUGCACUGAGCUGCUGUCCAACUCACAGAGCGGGCAGAUGACGCUGGCAGACCUGAAAGCCCUGCUGGAGAGGAUCAACAACCUGCCCUGUGCCGUAGCACAACUGGACCAGAUGCAGGCGCUACUGCAGACAGUGGAGCAGUUCCAGUCCAGCGCCCAGGCCCUGCUGGGGGGAGAAGACUGGUCGCGGGGGCUGCCCCCUCCGGAGCGGCUGGAGGCCCUGCUGGAGCAGGGGGGCGUCCUGCGGGUCCAGCCCCCGGAGGUGGAGCUGCUGCGUGGGCUGCAGGCGCAGGGCCGCUGGCUGGGGGAGGUGCGGAGGACCCUGGGCCCGCAGGGCGGCGAGGUGACGCUGGGCGUGCUGCGCAGCCUGAUGGAGGCCGGCUGCAGCGUGCCGCAGAGCUCCGCCGUGGAGACCGCCAUGGCAGAGCUGCAGGAGCUGCUCACCAUCGCCGAGCGCUGGGAGGAGAAGGCCCACAUCUGCCUGGAGCACAGGCAGAAGCACCCCCUCUCCACACUGGAGGCCAUAGUGAACGAGGCCCAGCUCAUCCCCGUGCAGCUGCCCAACAUCCAGUCCCUGCAGGGCUGUCUGAGCCGAGCCCGGGCCUGGGUCACCGACCUGGAGGAGAUACAGAAUGGUGAGCACUACCCCUGCCUGGAUGACCUGGAGGGGCUGGUGGCCAUCGGGAGGGACCUGCCUGUGCGCAUGGAGGAGUUGCGGCAGCUGGAGCUGCAGGUGGCCAGCGCUCACUCCUGGAGGGACAAGGCCAGCAAGACCUUCCUGAAAAAGAACUGUCAGCAGAGCCUUCUGGAGGUGCUGUGUCCUUGUACAGAGAAGCGGAGGGAGAGAGGAGAAGGGAAGGAGUACCGUGCUGACACAGACAGCCUUGGCCUCACCGCACAAGACCUGAGGGACCCUGGAGCCAUCGUGUCGGCGUUCAAGGAGGGGGAGAAGCGCGAGAAGGAGGCGCUCCUGCGGCUGCAGGAGGUGAACCUGGCCAAGCCGGGCCUGGAGCGCCGCGCCGGGGAGGACCGGAGCAGGAGGAGGACCAACGGCGCGGAGCAGCACGUCUCCGUCCCAUCCGUGGACUUGACAAAGGAGGACGGGCAGGAGGCGCAGGACGGGGAGGAGGGGAAGAGCCCCGCGUCCCCGCCCGCCUCCUCCUCCUCCUCCUCCUCCGUCUGCGUGUGCGGGCGCCCGCCCCGGUCUCCGCUCCUGCGCUGCCACUUAUGCAAAGACUGGUUCCACGGCGGGUGCGUGCCCUUCCCCUCCCUCCUGCCCCCCGGGCCCGCGCCGGCGCCCUGGUGGGACUGGGACACGCGCUUCCUGUGCCCGCUCUGCCAGCGCUCGCGCCGCCCGCGCCUGGAGACCAUCCUGGCCCUGCUGGUGGCCCUGCAGCGGCUGCCCGUCCGCCUGCCCGAGGGCGAGGCCCUGCAGUGCCUGACGGAGCGCGCCAUCACCUGGCAGGGCCGCGCCAAGCAGCUGCUGGAGGGCCCCGAGCUGCACGGGGCCCUGCUCGCCCUGCGCACACUCCGCCACGCCCACGGGCGCCCGGAGGGGGAGGAGCCGCCGCCCCCGCCGCCGCCCGAGGAGAAGAAAGGGAACUCUGUCAUCGUCCUGUCCGACUCGGAGGGGGGCGAGAGGGAGGAGGGGGUGAUCGACCUGACCGAGGACGCCUGCCCCCCCAAAACGGCCAAUCAGAGAGUGGCACACUCCGCUCCGACUGAGAACGGCCACAGCAAGAAGGAGAACUCGCACAACACCACAGGUGUGGAGGCCCUGAUCCCCCUGGUGCCGGGGCUGAAGGGGCCCGUGAUUGAGCUCUCUCCAGCGGUGCGGGCCCAGCUGGAGGACCUGCAGCUGGAGGGGGACCUGCUGGAGGUCACGCUGGACCAGACGCAGACCAUCCACCGAGUCCUGCAGGCCGCGUCCCCACCACCCCGCCUCUCCCUGCACACCCUCAUACUGAUCGAGCUGCAGGAGCAGAGGAGCGCGGGGAGGGGGGGUCGGAGUAAAGACUCCAGGAGGAAGAGGAAGAGCCAGAGAGGAGGAGGGGGGGACGCAGGAGGGGCCAACGACACCCAACUAUCUCAGGACGGCUCCGAGUCCAAGAAAACACGCCCCCUCAGCGACACCCCCUCCAAAGCGCUCCUGCAGUCCCAUCCAGAGAUCUUGUGAUGGAGAUGGCUUCAGCCGCGAGGAGGCUCCGGGAGGGAAGAGCACUGGGAAGAGUUACGGACGAACAGAGCGCUGAACCGGGCUGGAAAGGAAAGGAGGAAGGGUUGCACGAUGUACCUUUGAUUCACCUCCACCCCACCCCCACCCUGCACCCCAGCUUCAUCUGCCCCCCUCCUUCCUCUGCCCUCCUCUGCGCUGCUGACAUACCCUCCCUGUUUUCAUUCCUCAUACACUACUACCUUUACCAAUGUUACCCUACUGCUACUCCUCCUACCAGUGUUACAUUACUGCUCCUGCCCUUACCAUCGUUACCUUCCUGCUACUUCGCCUAACGGUUGCUACUACUGUUACUACCCUAGCCCUGUCCUGACCCCUCCCCACCCCCCCCCCCCAGCCCAGCCCUGCUCUUCCCCCCUCCCCCUCCCCAGCCCUGCUCUUCCCCCCCCCCCUCCUCCUCCCUUCAUCCCCACCCCCUCGCUCAUAUCACCACUGGAACAUGCUAAGUGACACUGACCUCGUAUGCUUGGGGGAGGGCCGGGGCAGAGACGGGUGGGAGGGAAUCUCCUGGUCCGGCUCCUUAAAUCAAAUUUGUGCUUUGGGACUCCGUUAUCCAGCCCCACCCCGACCCCCCGGAGGCUCUGAGGUCCCGUCUCGUCGUGCUCCACGUAUUUGUUCCAGGCUGUUUUCCAGAGCUUCAGUUUACGGUGUUUUGUAUUUGCGAGGACAGCCAACGGGAGUAAAACUACGAGUCCCCGCUCGCUCACUUCACUCUGAAAAUAUUAUUUUGAUGUUUUCCGGGACACAAAAACAAAACUUGAGAAAGGAAAUGAGUACAGUGAGGCCCUGUGCUUGGCACACCUGUAUUUUUUGUAUCAGGUCUUGUGUUUUUUGGAAUUUGCCAGGAGCGGGUAUUUACGUUUUGGAUAACACAUUUAAAAACAUUUGGGAAGUUAAACAAACAGGCAUACACAUUUUUGGUGCUACUUGACUUGCCCAUAACAGGUCUCCUCGUACUGCUCCUCUGAUCACCUGCCAUUUUUGUGCCGUUUCUUUCCUUUCAUCACCUCUCCUCUCCUUCUUCAGUUCUUCCAUCUACCCCUUUCCUCUGUCCAUUUCUCUCUCUCUUUCUCUCUCUUUCUGUCUCUGUCUCUCUCUCUCUCAUCACAGCAUCGUACACUUCACUGUAACUCACUUUAUCAGCAUUUGAUUUUGUUUCUUCUGGGUUCAGAUAAUUAUAUUAUUAAUAUUAUUGGUAUUGAUAUUAUUGCAGACUGGCAGUUGUGGGUUUGUGUAUAAAAACCUUUUCAUUUCAAUGUUGCCUUUUUAUUUCUCUCCUCCCCCCUUGUGAGUAAUAAAGAUUUAGAAUUGUUUUAGGAA